GCGCGCCAAGAUGUUGUUGGGUAGCCGUUGCGCACUAGUCCCAGUCUCUCUGGGGACUUUUUUCAAACACCUUCCGCGCUCAAAACCCACCCCCAUCUUCCCUUCCAAAACCCUCACCACCACCGCCACAAUCCACUUCGACGCCUUGGAUUCCCGCCAGAAACACCAAAUCCAUCUCUACGUCGACACCCUUCUCGAUUGGAACCAGAGAAUGAACCUGACCGCAGUUCGAGAAGCCGGUGAGGUAAUGGAGAGGCAUAUUGACGAUUCGCUCGCGAUCAUACCGCCCAUAACAGACUCUUAUCUCUCUAAUUGCGGUGCUUCAUUUGGAAAUCUCAGUCUCAUUGAUGUCGGUAGCGGCGCAGGACUGCCCGGCUUGGUCUUGGCCAUUGCUUGCCCCGAUUGGAAAGUGACCCUGAUGGAGUCGAUGAGCAAACGAUGUGUGUUUUUGGAGCAUGCUGUUAAUCAUGUUGGUUUGUCAAAUGUGGAGAUUGUAAGAGGAAGAGCAGAGAACUUGGGUCAGGAUGUUUGCUUCAGGGAGAAAUAUGAUGUAGCGGUAGCCAGAGCGGUUGCGGAGAUGAGAAUUUUAGCGGAAUACUGUCUUCCUCUGGUUCGCGUUGGUGGCUUGUUUGUGGCUGCAAAGGGUCAUGAUCCUCAGAUGGAAGUAAAGAAUGCAGAAAAAGCCAUUCAAAUAUUGGGUGCUUCCAUACGACAACUAUGCCCAGUGGAAUCUCACAGCCCGUAUGGACAAAGAACGGCCAUUGUAUGCCUGAAAACCAGUCCCACCCCAAAGAAGUACCCUCGUGAUCCAGGUACCCCGGUAAAAGUACCACUAUGAAUAGUUCAUAUAUAUGGCCAUUUUGAAUGUAAUAUUUAGUUCACCUGCCA